CGGUGAUCACGGACUUUCCCGAGGAACCCGCGGGGACUAGCGCGGUUCUGCAGCCGCACUGGGUGGCCCAAGCAGGAAGCCUGCCUUCUCAUUGAGGGAUCCUGUCACAGAGAUGUGUGAAUCCUUGGAUAAAUUUGGCCUGGUGACGGCAAUGCCUUCUUCAGAGACACUGCUACUUCCUCCCUGCUCCUUUUCUUCCCUGACCUGAGAUUCCUAGUGUUAAUCCCUGUGAUAAAUCAGAGGGUUUGCCCUUUUCACACUGUCUAGCUACUAGACAUCCUCUGCUUUCCCUCCCCGCUUUCAGGACGACCUGGGCUUGAAGUGUCAACACUGUGGCUGCCAAGGAGAUGGGGGCCUCCGAAGCAGCACUCCUGGUGGUGCAGCCUUAGUUGGUUCUUCUCUGUGCUGCUAUUGGCAGAAUUUCUGGGAGCUGCUGGGGGAUGUCUGGGUAGUUCCAAUGGAGCCCCACCAUCUUGCUAGGAAGAGCGGCCAGGCAGCCUGGUGUGAUGCUGCGGACUGGGGUUCAGGAGGGCCUCCAGCUGACCAGGCAGAUGCAGCAGCCACCAAAGCUGCUCUCUGCUGCCAGAGACACUGCACGUCCCCGCCAAGAGCAGCCGAGGUGGAAGGCUCUAAACUUGGUCCUUCUCCAGCCUCCCCCUCCCCCUCUCUGCAAGACAGCGUGAUCCAGCCAAACUCCUUCCCACCAGAACCUCUCAGCUCAGGGAAUCACCAAAUAGCAGAACGGAAAGUCUGCAAUUGCUGCAGCCAGGAACUAGAAACUUCUUUCACCUACGUGGACGAGAAUGUGAACUUGGAGCAGAGGAACCAGAGCUCCCCUUCAGCCAAAGGGAGUAAUCACCAGGGAGACCUUGGCUGGGGAAAUCCCAACGAGUGGUCCCACGAAGCUGCCAUCUCCUUGAUAUCCGACGAUGAAGAGGACACGAGUUCGGAAGCCACGUCUUCAGGGAAGUCCGUAGACUAUGGUUUCAUCAGCGCCGUCUUGUUCUUGGUCACUGGCAUCUUGCUGGUGAUCAUCUCUUACAUCGUCCCACGGGAAGUGACUGUGGAUCCCAACAGCGUGGCAGCCCGGGAGAUGGAGCGCCUGGAGAAGGAGAGCGCCAGGCUGGGGGCGCAUCUGGACCGCUGUGUGAUUGCCGGGCUCUGCCUGCUUACUCUUGGGGGGGUCGUUCUGUCCUGUUUGCUAAUGAUGUCUAUGUGGAAGGGGGAGCUGUACCGUCGCAACAGGUUUGCCGCUUCCAAAGAAUCUGCAAAACUCUAUGGUUCCUUCAGCUUCAGGAUGAAAACCAGCAGUCACGACAAUGCCCUGGAGCUGUCCUUGGUAGAGGAAGAUGCUCUGGCUGUACAGAGUUAACUCUGGUUGUGAACUUGAGAGUCUGCCUU